AAAGUGUCGCCGCUCGAGCCAUAGGAAAGUAGUUUGUUCCCCAGCUCUAGCGAGAGAUAACAUAUUUUUCUGGUUUUUAAUUAUUAUUAAAUAAAUCACACCCAACAAAAAUGGCAAAAGUUUUCCAACAAUUAUUGAUUCUAUUCGCCGUUUUGGCUUUGUUUGCCGGCCAAGGGUUUGCUGCUCCCCAAGAAUGCGGUGAGAACCAGGAAUUCACCACCUGUGGCACUGCUUGUCCCCUGAAAUGCAACACACCGGAGCCAAGCUUCUGCACCUUGCAAUGUGUCAUCGGUUGCCAGUGUAAACAGGGUUAUAGACUAAAUGACAGCGGUGCCUGUGUCCUGACCAAGGAUUGUUAGAUCGGUGAUGAUUUUGCUGCGCUGAAUUGUGAUAUGAAUUUGUUUGAUUUGUUGAAAAUAAAAAAAAAAAUUAAGUGAA